UCUCUCUCUCUCUCUCUCUACAUUCCAGGUGUUGUUCUUAAUCUUCUGUACAUAGAACUGACCUCUAUAUAGGGUUACCCAAUAUUACCACCCCAGCAAGAAUUCACCUCAGAAAAAAGCAAAGCUGCAAUGCAAAUUUAAGGAAAUGACACUUCCAUUUACCUGAGGAGGUGACACAGUUCCUUUGGCCUUUGCAGACAAAUGGCUCAGCAACAACAGCAGGAAGGGUGGCCACUGGGACUGCAGCCAUUGCAUGUGAGAGUUGGGCUGGCUGCUUCAAACCAUGAAUUUUCUGGGUCGGUUUCUUUUAACACUUUACUCACUGGUUCUCCAACUUCCUCCACAGAUUCCUCAUCAGAUCUGGACACAGAGUCCACAGGGUCCUUUUUCCAUGAUAGGAGCAUUACGCUCGGGAGCCUUAUAGGAAUCAAUAACAUCCUAGAGCUCUCAAGAAGAUCUCUAAGAGGAAGAAAAACCGAUCAUCAGGCCGGCAAGGACAGGAAGACGAACAACAACAACAACAACAACAACACCAAAUUCAGACUCUGUUUUCUCUCUUUAUGCUCCAAAGACAGUACAGAUGAUGAGAACGUGCGCAAUCAUCCGCCAUCUCUCGGCCACUUUCUUGCGGCUGAGAGACAAGCGGCCAAUGAAAACUACAGAACAAACCCUCCAAUUUACGGACCAGACGACGAGCUUGCCCUAGCUGAGCAUCAUCAGCCUGCUAGAGAAUCAAAUAACUCACUCUUUGUUGAUGGUCAAGUUGCUCCUCCCCAAUCUAGUCCACGGUUUGGUUCAGAUCAUGUCGACCAAAGAAAAUCAAUGCUGUUUUCAUGCAUGUGUUGACAACUCUCUCAUUGACCUAGCAUUAUGCGAAUGUCUCAGUUUCUUUUGCUUUCGUUUUUCGGGGUCUCAUUCAGAAUUUCAUGUUAUUGGAAGAAAUAAAGAGGUCAAUUGACAAUUCCAUUGCAUCCGAGCUCGAAUUAUGGAACAAGGAGAAGAAGGAACCGAGAAGAAAGUAUCGGCAACAACCAAGUUCUAUUAUUGGGUGCUCAUAUCGAUCUAUCAUGUUGCCUAUGCAUCAAUCGUUGGAUAUACCCUGUACGGUAACUACCCUAGCUUCACCGUAUCUUUUAUUUCAUUUCUUCAGGAACAAUCACAAACAUUUUUUUUAGUAUGGAGAAGAAAAUGCAUGAAAUCGGUAUCUGUCUCACCUUUAUGGAGCAAAUUAAGCUAUUUUUCACGCCAGUUGGCUAGUGUUUUGGAUUGAUUAAUCUCAUUUAAUGAUAAGUAAGUUACAAAAGCAAAUGUUCAUCAUUUCAA